UCUGCAAAAAGUUCAAGAUUUCCGAUAGCUUAGGUGCCAGAUGGGCACUGGGUGUUUUGUUUUUAUGCCAGAUUUUCUUGUUCGUUCUUGCUAUAUUUGCUAGAAUAUCUCUAAAUAAUAAAUUCUUCUCUCUGUUAUUUGUGUGUGUGAUUUUUGUAGUGGAGAAGGCAAAUGCAAAACCCUUCCAGAUGACUGAAAAACAGUGGGUCCUCUGCAGCUACAGGGGAUUCUAGACAUUAACUAAAGGCCAGCAAGCACUCAAGUCCCCCCAAGUGUUUUCCUGGUGUAACCAUUUGUUAACUACAUUUUCUCUCUUUUUACAUUUUAGGCUGUUAAAGUAAUUUGACAGAAAAAAAAAUGAGCAGGUUUUUUGGAUCUAAAAAAGCCACUGUGACAAGACAGCACUAUUUUAAUGCCAUUUUGUAAAAUUUUCUAAGGCAUAUUUUAUAAUUAGUUUGUUCCCAAUGUACUGUUACUUGAUUUGCUCUUUGGUUACUAUAAAUUUUGAUCAAAGGAAUCACUUAAAUAUGAUAGAAUUAUUGGAUUUUAAGUUAAUAAUUUAAUAACUAUACUGACCAGGAUUUAAAUGCAUUUUCCCUUUCCUUAAUGAACUGGUCAGUGGAAGCUGAAUCUCGAUACUUGUUUUUAGAUGCUAUCAUAGAUCUUUGGAUACCAAUGUGAACAUUUAACACCAUGCAUUGUAAGAGUUGUGAAAUGUCUAGUCCUUAAAGCGUAGAGAAAUUGCCUCUGUGGUUUUCUAAGAAAUUAACAUUCAUAGAGUGGUUAAGGCAUGCUAUAGAAUAACUACAUCUGUCUACGUGAUCGUUAAGGUUAAAAAAAGAAAAAAAAAGAUAAAUUUUUGAGUUAGUGUGUUUUGGUUAAGCAGUUUCUUUUAUACCAGUGUGCCUAUUGUAGGAUAAGACAUGUCACCAAGAGAAAAUAUACAAAAUUUAAAUUCAGGAUGAGUAAAAUAGAUGAUAGGUCUUGGAAAAAAGGUCAAAUCAUAUGAGUAAUGUGCAAAACAUUUUAGUCUUUAAGUUUAAAGAAUUUAUAUUGGUUAAGUAUUAUGUCACAGUUAACAAGCCCUGAACAUAAUACAGUAUAUCAUAACUGGCUUUCAUAAAUAUUUUUAGACUAUAAUAUUUUUUCUAGAUCUUUUUAUGAAAGUGAAAUAUUUGGGUGUAUAUGUAGAAUUAUAGAUGUAUUUAGUACAGAAAUUUAUUUUUGGUGUAUUUAAUUUCUGGUAUGAUAUGCUGUAUUAAUGUUGUCUCUACUAGGUAAUGUAUUCAGUCCCUUUGUCACCAUUUCACUAGUUUUAGCUCUUACACUUUGGUGUUGGUUUUUGGUCAGUGUUUUUAGAAUAAUAAACACGAAGUGUACAGUAAAGAAUAGUCUUAAUUGAGAUAGCUGGAUUUGGAAGGAACUCUUAAUAGUAAUGGAUUUGGGGUUAUUUAGGUUCCUUGGUUAAUGUUUGUUUCUUUUGUCUGUUUCUUUUUCUUUCAUUUCUACACAUUCAUGCAGUAUUUCAUGGUUCUAUCAAAGCAGCAGUAAAAAAAAUACUCUUGACGCAUGAAAAUUAACUGGUGAGGGGCCUCAUUGCUAUUUUUAAAUUGUAGUUUUAUUUUUAAAUAGUCUUUUUUUUAAUCAGAGGAUCAGAUGCAUGAUUUUUUUUUUAAUGGAUGCAGAUCUUCUAUCAGGUGUCUCACAAUAAAUUCAAGAGGAUUUUAGUUUGCCAGAAAUGUUGCAAAUGCACUAAUUUGAGUAAGAUGUUGAUAUAUCCUCUUGAGACAUAAUUUUGCAUGCAAAAUUAUCCCAUAAUCUGUAGGUUUGUUAAUAUUGAUGCAUUAAUGCCCUAUAUCUAAAUUAUCUUCUCCCCUAUCCCCCUCCAUAACUCUUGGUAUCUAAACUGAUGACAGCUCUGACACAAGCAAGAUAACAGUGCUGUGUAGUAUACAUUUGUUUAUAUUAUCGGCACUUCUCAGUAUAGGUGGAAGGAACCAUUACCUUUAUUUAACAGUGGUUUUUCUUUUUUGUUGUUGUGUUUUACAGUUCUUUUCCCUGGUUCAGCCUGAACUAUAUACCAGGCCCUGCUGAAAAUACCACCCAACAGUUUUCUUCUGCAGCUUAUCCAGUUUCUCUUAAGUGCCCUGUACAUAUUGUAUGUUUUAUGAUGAGAUGCAGUUUCUUAAUAUGUAUUACAGAAAUACUACUGGUAUUUGCAAAUAUGUAGUUUAAUUGUAUUAUGAACUCUCAUUUUGGGGGCUUGGGCACAUUAACAGAUAAUCCAUCUGUAUAGGGCUUUUGCUAUUGAAUAGAAUUUAAAUUGUCUACAUAAAUAUUUGUCUUAGGACCCUUAGAUUUUAUCUGAAUACACAGAUUAGGCUUUUAAAAACAGACAUACAUGUCUUUUUUGGCUUAAGGAGUUUGGCUAAGUUAGCUUUUAAACUGACUAUAUAUAGCAGCAUUUUUUGGUAUGGUUAGCAUGGCACAUAUUGGAACAUAAAGCAUUUUACUGUACAGGUAAGGAAUGUGCCAUGUUGUUUUACCUAUUCUCUCUCUUUCUCUCAGUCCCACACAUGCAUCCCGAGUGUAUUCAGAGACCUUCAGAAACAUAAUUCAUUUUCAUGAGUCAGCAAAAGCCCUACGCUUGAUUCCAACAGAGUAUUUCCUUUACAUACUUUUCUUCUCUUUAAGUUUUACAAAGUUUAUAUGGUAGGUGUAAAAAAAUCAUAGUAACUGUACCAUAUUAUUAACCCCUAAAUCAAACUUUUUUUGUCUUGUGUAUCUUGAUUUUUCUGUGUGCUUUAUAGUGAAGCAGCCGACACGAGUCGUUGUUCAUAAAACAGCUUUUGAAAGUUGAGAGCACACCCCUGGAGAACCGACUGUGCUUGCUUACGUUUGGUUCAUGACUUAAAAAUCGAGUACAGGAGUUAUUCCUGAUGAGACUAAGGCUUUGUCUCUGUUGGCACCAGCUAAUGCAGUGGCAGGUCUUCUGCCUGGUGGUGGUCUCCUGCCUACUCCUAACCCACUUACCCAGAUUGGCGCUGUUCCAUUGGCUGCUUUGGGAGCUCCUACUCUCGAUCCUGCCCUUGCUGCACUUGGGCUUCCUGGAGCAAACUUGAACUCUCAGUCUCUUGCCGCAGAUCAGUUGUUGAAGCUUAUGAGUACUGUUGAUCCCAAGUUGAAUCAUGUAGCUGCUGGUCUAGUUUCACCAAGUCUGAAAUCAGAUACCUCUAGUAAAGAAAUAGAGGAAGCCAUGAAAAGAGUACGAGAAGCACAGUCCCUAAUUUCUGCUGCUAUAGAACCAGAUAAAAAAGAAGAAAAACGAAGACAUUCAAGGUCAAGGUCACGUUCUAGGAGGAGGAGGACUCCCUCAUCUUCUAGGCACAGGCGAUCAAGGAGCAGAUCACGGAGGAGAUCACAUUCUAAGUCGAGGAGUAGGCGACGAUCCAAAAGUCCAAGACGGAGAAGAUCUCAUUCCAGGGAAAGAGGUAGAAGGUCAAGGAGCACAUCAAAAACCAGAGACAAAAAGAAAGAAGACAAAGAAAAGAAACGUUCCAAAACACCACCAAAAAGUUAUAGCACAGCCAGACGUUCUAGAAGUGCAAGCAGAGAGAGGAGACGAAGAAGAAGCAGGAGUGGAACAAGGUCUCCUAAGAAGCCCAGGUCUCCUAAAAGAAAAUUGUCUCGCUCACCAUCACCUAGGAGACAUAAAAAGGAGAAGAAGAAAGACAAAGACAAAGAGAGAAGUAGAGAUGAAAGAGAACGCUCAACAAGCAAGAAGAAGAAGAGUAAAGAUAAGGAAAAAGACCGGGAAAGAAAAUCAGAGAGUGAUAAAGAUGUGAAACAGGUUACACGAGAUUACGAUGAAGAGGAACAGGGGUAUGACAGCGAGAAAGAGAAAAAAGAAGAAAAGAAACCAACAGAAGCAGGUUCCCCUAAAACAAAGGAAUGUUCUGUGGAAAAGGGAACUGGUGAUUCAUUAAGAGAAUCCAAAGUGAAUGGGGAUGAUCAUCAUGAAGAAGACAUGGAUAUGAGUGACUGAGUAUUGCCUCUACAGGAAUCCAACUGUGUACAUGCAUCAGUGUCAUUCCUUUGUGUGAUUUCUUAAUGCUGUAUUUGUUCAUCUCAAAUCUAGAUGUAUACAGCUCUGAGUUAUAAAUGGUUAUAUAAAGCUCCUGAUAUUGAUAUUAGUUAUUUACAUCAAAAGCUUUUAGAAAAUGGUACAUGGGUAACCAGUUCUUGUUAUGGUGAAAUCUGAUGGAGUAAACAAGCAGUCUUACUAUUCUGGUGCUGCUUCAUAACAAAAGUGAAAAGCUGCAUGCAUUACAGCAGGCAUGGAUUGUUUAUGUUGUAUGAUCUCCUUUAUUAAGUAAGUUCACUUAUAGUAUUUCUAGAAUUUGAUUCAUUGCCGUAAUAGAGCCAUGUAGGGAACGCACUGAUUGCAUGUUAUUUGUGGCAGGAAUAUCCUAAAUGUCAUUAAAAUCCUUCAACAUGAUGGAUCUACUUAUGGUCUUGUUUGUUGACAUGACAAAUUAACAUUCUUAUAGUUACAUCUGAAAAUGAACAUUUGAAAUAGAUAAUCCUUUUAAGCCUUGUGGCUGAAUUUUUGUGGCUUUUGUUUAACUUUGAAAGGUUAUAAAUGCACUAACCUUUUUUGAUGGCUAAUUAGGCUUUAAUUACAGAAACAGAAAAUUUCAAAUAAAACAUUUUUGGCAGUGAGUGAUGAAGAGUUGUAUACUUUUCCAUAAAAUGUUUGUUUUUUUUUCCCCUGAAAUAAUUUAUUCCACAUCAACAUCAGUGAAAGCUCUCUGCCUAUUCUUAGUCCAUCUGUAGAAGAAAGUUACAUCUUGUCCUCAUUUUCACUUCUCCACUUUUAUUGUUUUAAGCUCAAUGUUGGAAAAAGGGUAGUGCAUUUUAAAUUGACCUUCAUAUGCUUUUAAAAUAAGACAAAUGGACUUGAUAAUGUACUUUUUAUUUGAUCUCAAGUUGUAUAAAACCAAUAAAUUUGUGUUACCGUUACUGCAGUAGUAAUCUUAUGCACAGUGAUUCCAUGUUAUAUGCAAAGUAGGCGACUGUUUUCUUAGUUACAGGAGUUUCAAGCUUCACUUUUGUGCAGUAAAAACAAAAGUAGGCUACAGUCUGUGCCAUGUUGAUGUACAGUUUCUGAAAUUGUUUUACAAGACUUUGAUAAUAAAACCCUUAAACUUAUGUUCAUGUUUCUGUAAAACUACUUGUAUUUAUUUACGCUACUGAAUGUAUGACAUUUACCUCAUUCUUCUUUCCCCUUUCUACCCACGUUUAAAUAUGGUAGCAAGAUGAAAUCCAUCACUAUACUGAUGAGUUGCUAUCAAAAUCGUCAAAGUUGAUUUCAUUUCUAUCUUAAAACAGUUUUUCUCAGUGCAAUUUUAUAUUUUGGGUGUGGGAAUGGGGUUGAAUGAAGUGAUAAACUUUAGGAUAAACAAAUGACCCCACCUAUACCUAGUAAAUUUAUAUUUUUAUUGAAGUAUAAAUGCUUUUUCUGGAAUAGUAUUGAAGCUGUCAAUGGUAUGUAUCUACUGUAAAGUACUGAAUAGUAUAUUCAUUUAUUAAAUGAGUAGUGUUUGGAUACUUGGGAUUAAGGGAAAAUGAGACUUGGAACUUGUAGCCUUUCUCCAAGUUUGAGUACAGUUCUUUAACUUUUAAAAUUGAAAUGCCAUAUAGAAAAGCAGCAGUGUUUUUACAGUUUAUAGUAACUUUUCAGAGAUUUUAUCAAAAGGAAUUUCGUCUAUAUAGUAGAAGAAGUUACAGUAACGGUCCUAAUAAUCACUGCAUUUUAUAAAUGAAGUUGAACACCAAUGACAUUUAUUUGAACUUAAGCUUUUUUAGUAGAUAAAAGGUUGAACCAUAUAACAUUGCCGUUUUUGUAAGUCAGAUAUAUUGGCAAUUUCAUGUGGUUAAACCUAAUAUUAGUCUAUUCUCUCGCUUGUAACCUCUGACUACAAGUAUACUUUUUAAGAAGAACUGAAAAACUGGUUGUAAAAUAGUCCACUGACUUAAGAUGCUGCAGUGAAGGGAAUCUAUACUUUGGAUAUUUUCAGUGAGCACAAAGGUAGGGCUGCACUGGGACACAAGCCUUAACACAUAACCAGUUGAAAUCAAGUUAACACUGCCUGCACAAUGAGUUUUGUUCUGUAUUUGGUAGUAAAAAUGAUAAAAAAUAAAAGUGGUUUUGUUAGAAAAA